GCCCCACGUCCUCACGCUCCCCUGCGUCACCGUCGUAAACGCCCGUUGCGUUUGCACUCUAGGCGUCGACGUGCGCGGACGGACUGCGCAUGCUCGCGAGGGUGGUGCUCAUUAAAGGCAAGGCGGCUUCUUGCUCUUCCGCCGGCCCAGUUAUGGCUUCCGGUGUCGUUAGUCGCGGGUUCCGAGACAGGCUGGACUGAUCUAGGGAGUCGCGAAGGGCCUGCCUAGACCAAGAGGCGUAACGCCAAUACUGCGGGCAGUGUUUGAAGAUGGCCCUAAACAGUGUGUCCCUGUCCGCCGGUGAUCAGAGAAGCAGGGUGGCCUACCGCUUUUCCCACGGCGACCUCAGCCCGCCGGCGUUACCAUUGGCGAUGGUCUCUGGAGACGGCUUCCUUGUUUCCAGGACCGAGGCAGUUCAUCUAGAACCUCGGCAGGCUGUGCGACCAAGCGUUCGGGCCGAGAGCCGUCGAGUGAAUGAUGGAGGCCGGGGCCGGAGCUGGAGCCGGAGCCGGAGCCGGAGCCGCCUCGCCCGAUUCUCACCCUACCCAUUACCUGGCGUUAAAUCCGAUCUCUUAAGAAGUGUGCUGCAACAGCGUUUGAUUGCAUUAGGCGUUACUACCUGGCCCCUGAAGCCAUUUGAGAUGGUGUUCAAUGUAUAGCCAUUCAAAUACUUUUGAAAUUGUAUUAAUAUGAACCUAUUUGUGAUAUAAUUAAUUUAUAUUAUAUAAGACGAAAAUUGGAUAUGAAAUUAUAUGUAUUAUGUGAUUUUACCUAUAUGAAUCAAAUUUGCAUUAAAAAACUAGAAUUGC